AUGUAUACAAUCUAUCGUAGUGAACAAUCUCCUUUAUUUACAUGUAAAGCACAUAUAUUUCAAGUUGAUCCAGAUACACGAAAAUCUUGGAUUCCAUUAUCAAUUGGUGCUGUAAAUGUGCAAAUAUUUCAUGAUUCAGUAAAAAAUGUUUAUCGUAUUUUAUCUGUUGAUGGUUCAAAAGUACUUAUUAAUACAAUUGUUACAGCUCGUAUGAGUUUUACAAAAACAUCACAAAAAUUUUGUCAAUGGGUUGAUUCAAGAGCUAAUAAUGUUUAUGGUUUAGGUUUUGCUAAUGAAGCUGAUUUAACACGAUUUAUGGAUAAAUUUAUUGAAGUAAAAGAAGCAACAAAAAAUGCAAUUCGAAGUAGUAGUGUUGAUGCUCGACAAACAUAUCGAUCCGAAUCAGAUUGGUCAAUACAAUCAAAACGAUUAGAUCCAUCAUUACAAUUAAAACAAGAAAAUACUCAUCUGAAAUUUGCACUUGCGCAAAGUUCAAAUAAUGCAAAAAAAUGUCAAGAAGAAUUAGAUAUAUUACGUAAUAAUAAUGCAAAAUUAACAACAGCAUUACAAGAAAGUCAUGCCAAUGUUGAAGAAUGGAAACGACAGUUACAAUUUUAUCGAGAUGAAUGUUCUCGUCUUAGACAAAUAGUUUCUAGUCGUCCUUCACCAGCUUGUGGACAAGUGAAUGAAACACAAGAAUUAAAAAAUCUUCUUGAUAAUGCUGAUCGACGUCAUAAGGAUCAAGAACAAAAAAUUCUUCAACUUGAAAAUCAAGUUCAACGUUAUAUAUCUCAAAUUAAUUCAUUACAAGAUCGUUUAGUUGAAAGUGAAACAAAUAAUCAAAAUCUUCGUAAUGAAUUACAUCGACGUACACCACAAGAUUGUUGUACAAAUAGAACAAUUCAUCGUUCACCACAUCGAAAUCUUCAACAAUUAAUGCGUCUUUGUGAUUUAUUUGAAUCAAAAUCAAAUGAUUUUAAUCAAAUAAUAACUAAUAAAUCACAAGAUUUACAACGAUUAUGUUCACAAAUAACUCAAACCAUAAUGGAAAUGUAA